UCACAUUUAAUAUUAGACCACCACACUAGCUCCACCAGCCAUAACGUGAAGAGAAGACUGCAGAUAAACAAGUACAAGCAGGGGCGGACUGACAAUUCAUGGGGCCCCCAGGCAAUAGGGGAUCAUGGGGCCCCUGUGCCCUUGCCCAAAACUCAAAAAAGCCUAUGAAAAAGGUACCAGGGGCAUCUCAUGGGGCCCCUACUGACCCCGGGCCCUCGGGCAGUGCCAGCGUUUCCAAAUGGUCAGUCCGCCCCUG